AGUACACCAGACCAGUGUCAGUAUUUAUACUGCACCGCCACAUGCAGCUGGACACAGAGGGAGCUGCGUUUGCACCGUUGACCUGAAAAGCAGAGAUCCACUCGAGGACAACGCUUCCUGAACAAGAAGGUGGAAAUGCCUCCAAAUCUGCUCGUUCUUUGGGCUUUUCUUCUUCUGCAUGUCUUUGCAGGAGCGUUCAGAUUGGAUAUUUUAAAACAAAAUGUUGAGCCACAGGAAGGCCAUGUGAGGCUGACUGGCUCUGAGAGCCCUGCAGAGGGCCGCGUUGAGGUCUUCCACAGUGGAAAAUGGGGAACUGUGUGUGACGAUGGAUGGGACAUGAAGGAGGCCCAAGUUGUGUGUCGCCAGCUCAACUUCCCUGGAGCCAAAUCUGUUAUCACUGGAAAGAGCUACAAACUAGCAUCUGGACCCAUUUGGCUCGAUGACAUUACUUGUAACGGCAAUGAGAACAAUCUAGUGUCUUGUAGUUUCAAAGGCUGGGGAAUAACUGACUGUACUCACAAAGAGGAUGUUGGCGUUGCUUGUGAAACAGGAAGCAGUAGUUUAACCAACAAAACCUCAACACACUCAAUGGACCACAGCAUCAGUCUGUCAAAUGAGCUCGGUCAGCUCUUUGACACUGCAACAAACUGUGACUUAAACAUACUUCUGCAGAGUCCAACUGGAAACAGACAGAAGGAUGAUUUGCCAGAGAUGGAUGGAACGACAAUCUGUGCACACAAGACAAUUCUGUCUCUUUUCCCAAACUUUAACGUGUUUCCAGAAACAACUCACAUCACGGUUGAAGUCAGGAAGCCUUGCCAUCCAUAUUUCUCCUCAUUAAUCAGGUACCUUUACACUCGUAAGAUUGAUGUGACCUUCUCGUCUGCACUGUGCCUGCAUCAAAUGGCUGCUAGUUUUGGAGUAAAGCAACUAAUGGAAGAUGUCGGACGUCUGUUCACUCAAGUUCUCCCUGACGACAGCACCUUUUACACCCAGGUGUCCAUUUAUCAGUAUGCAGUAGAAACAAACGACAAACUCCUUGAAGAAAACCUCAUUCAAUAUCUGGCCUGGAACUACCAAAACCUGACUAGCUCUCCAGCAUGGGAUGACCUUCCAGUAGAACUCCUUCAAGCCCUCCUAACUCGCUCAGAUUUGGUAGUUCCAGAUGAGUAUUUUGUCCUUGAGACUCUGGAGUCAUGGAUAAUCCAGAGAGCUCUCUUAAACGGCUCUGACACUGUGGUGGGCCUGCUGAGUCACAUCCGUUUCCCUAUGAUCCCGGCUAAGAAGCUCUUAGAACUGGAGUCCAGGUCUCCUCUCUACAAGAUCUACGAGAAUGUUUAUCGUGAAUUUGCCUUGAGAGCUUUUCAAUUUAAUGUCCUUCUCUUCAGUGAUCUAUUGACCAACCAAAGUAUCAAAAACGAAAGUGGUAAUUACAGUCCGAGGAUUUAUACUGCGCUGCCAUGGAGUAAAGUUCUGAGAGAAUCAAGUAAAACCUCUUCAUAUCCAUAUCAGAUCCAUGGGUACGGUGGGUACGGUGGGUACGGUGGUCAAUACUAUCCAAACCCUUCACCAUACAUUCAAAGUACGUUCACAACUCCUCUUCACAACAGUUUGAUGUUUCAAGACAAAACAACAAACUGGGAGGCAAAUGUCUUUGAACAACAGAGAGAUUGUAUCAACAGAGGUUUUAGGUGUGAGUCUGUCCCUAUGGCCAUGCUAAAUGAGCGGAGUUACAACAGCAGAUCAAGCAGCAUCCGUUUUAGUAACCGUCUCCUACUGAUGUGCCAAGACGAGUUCAUCUUUCAGGUUCAGAGCUUCAAAGACAACAAGGCUUACAUUUUGACAAAUGACACCCAGGCUUCUCCCUACCCCUGUGUCGACAACAAGUACACCUAUGUGUUUGUUGUGAGACCAGAAUAUGUUUAAUCAGGCUUCUAGGCCUCGUGUAAAUGACACCUGGUAAGAGCAGGAUCCUUUUGGUGCAAUAAUUAAUUAAUUAGUAGAUUACAAUAAGGUACUCUAACCACCAUCAGGUUGAUUUUACUAUUUUGAUUCCAUUUAAUAAAAUUCCAUUUUUUUUUUCUGCUUCUUAAUCUGAGCUUUCCUUUCCUGCAUGUUUGGUGAAUAAAUAAAUACAUUUCUUUGUGUUAUUAUAUCUUCUUUUUUUCACAGGACACACACACUCACUGCCACUGGCCGCUUUAUUAGGUACACCUGUCAAACUGCUCAUUAACCCAAAUGUCUAAUCAGCCAAUCACAUGCCAGCAACUCAAUGUAUUUAGGCAUGUAGGCAUGGCCAAGACAUGUUGCAGUUCAUACCCAGCAUCAGAAUGAGGAAGGAUGGUGAUUUCAGUGACUUUGAAUGUAAUGUUUUAUAAAUCCUUCCUACCUGCAUGCACGAGCAGUUUGACAUUACGUCAUCAUUUUCAGAUUCGGCAGGAUGCCCAUAAAUCUGUGCUACAUCUAUGAUCUUGUGGUUACAAUUCUGUUUUUUUUUUUUUUUUGCAGU